GUCCGGGCGGCUCGGCCCCCCGGGGGCGUGUCGGCAGAGGCGGCGGCGGAGCUCCCAGCUCGGCGCAGGAGGCGGCGGCCAGCAUGGAGAGCGAGCUGGAGGCGCUGGCCCCGCGGCCCACGAGCCCGGUGGAGCCUCCCUUCCAGGCGCUGGUGGAGGCGGCGGGCGGCCGCGGGCAGGUGCUGCUGGUGGGCGAGCUGUGGGAGCGCGAGCAGAGCCGCGCGCUGCUGCGGGACUUCGCCCGGGCCGUGUUCCCUCCGGAGCCCGCGCCGGACAAGCCGGGCUGCGCAAAGGCCGAGAGCGCGGCCACCGCGGCGGCCCCCGAGCCGCAGGGGGCUCCGGGGACUAAGGCGGAGCGCUCCAUCCGCUCGCCGCUCGUCUUCGUGCUCUGUCGCGCCGGAUCGCUGACCUCCCGGGAGCAGCGGCGCCGCCUGCGGGAGAUGCUGCGGGACGUGCGCGGCCGGAGGCAGGAGGGCGCCGCACUGGUCGGGGUCCUGGUAGCCGACGCGGGGGCGGAGGACGCGGGGCCGCCGGGACUGCAACUGCUGGAGACGCUGCUGCGCGCGGUGUUCGGCCGCCAGGUCGGGGGCCCGGUGCAGGCUGCAGCCUUCCGUCCCGGCUGCCCGGCCUCCAGCCUGGAGGUCCAGGAGGCGGCCUGCAGGGCCCUGCAAGCUGCGGGGCCGGGACGACCAGCAGAAGGUGCCUGGGAAAGACCAGGCCGCACUGGCCUACUGACUUGCUUUUCCUGGGGUCCUCGGAGGCAGAGGAAGAACCGAGGUGUCACCUCCUCUCGAGGCCCAGCUCAAGUUCCAGAACACCUCCAGGUCUCGGAAGAAGAGCUUGCACUGACACCUGUAUUUCCCAAUGGAGACUGUGACGACCGUGGAAAUGGAUCCAGAGCCCAGGAUGGAGUUGUCCAUGUGCCACCUGACCCCCCAGAGGACACAAGAUGAAGGCUGGACCCCUAGACUGUCCCUAACCUGCACAAUGGGCUCUGGCCCUUCUCAGUGAGUCUCCACAUCACAGUGUUACCUCAGCAGAUGGUGACUGACCGACUCUGAAGACCCCCUUUGCUUGGGGGCUGCCGCUUCACUGUUGCCAGCCCGGCGACAGGGCCUGUGGGACCUGCUCCACACUCAGUGUGUUCCUUUACUCUGUGGUCAUGGUGGGUUGAUCUCGUCUCUCUCUGUGCCUUCUCUUCUCUGAGCCAAGGAGCCUCUGUAACGGCUUUGCAGACAUGUCACUCAGUCUCUGGGCUUGUUUCCCAAAUGGCCGAAGGGCUGCCAACCCAGUGGCUUUCCACCAGGAGCCACGCUGUACCUCCGGGCUACACUGGAAACUUGUGUGAAAGCAAUUAGUGGGCAUCUCACGAGUGUGUAGGGUGGACCAGCUUCUAAUAAUUAGUUUACUCAGAAUGCUGACUGUGACACUUUUGAGAAACAGAAGGGACAAUCCCUUCUGCCCUGGGAAGAGAUCCCCUUAGGUUUCCUGGGAUCUUGGCUCCCAGAACAAGCCAAAAUAAAGACCUGACUGUUGCCGUGAGGAGGCCUGUCAGGCCAGAGCCAAGAUGGCUUGUGUGUUACAGGGCCGGGACGAAAAGCGCCUUGCACGCUCUGAGAAAAAGGGGCCUCUGUCUUUUCUCAUGUUGACACUGGUUACUGUGCCAAAUUCUUUGUGGAAAAGUUUGCUGGGAGCUGCCUAUAGCACCAAGAAGAGGGAAAGCCAGGGUGUUGGGGUGCUCAGCACCCUCCAACUUAUACUAGACCUCGAGUCCUAGCCCAAGUAUCCUGAAGGUUCUGGAAUCUUCCCUCUGAGUCUGUGAGUCAUGUAGGGUAGGUAAAUAUCUUCCACAGAGCCUGCCAGGGUCUCAUGCAGAGGCAACUGGGGACUACUUCUGUUGCCCCUGCCUGCCCCUGGAGAAAUCAGCCCUUGGGAGGACAAAGGCCCUUACUGGUUUUCCCUGAUGUGGGGAAAGCGCUGUCAGAGGGAAGUGGAUAAACGCCAUGCACUCAUCUGUGAGACGCAUUCAUCUGUGAGACACUCUGCAGAUACCCAAUUGCGUGCGCCGUGCUUGGCAUAGCUCCCUGUGAGGAGCUGCACACCUCUGAGUCAGGAUUUCAGCUCUUUCUAUGAUGAUACCAAGGGAGAGGGCCCUCCCCGCUCUGUGCCUCAGUUUCUUCUUCGUGAUCCACAUCCUACUCCCAGCCCCUCUCAGUCUCAAGAAGAAACUGUGAAGUAGAAAGAGAUAGUGUCAUCCUGGCCUGAGGCAGGAGCAGACAUCGUUUUUUAAAGAUGCAAGGUUGUACCAUAGGACGUGGCCCCAACUAGCAUCUUUUAUUCAAGAAUGAACUCCAGGCCAGGAUAUAGUUCAGUUAGUAAAGGGCUAGCCUAGCCUGCUAGUUUGAUCCCCUCAUUGUAUAAGCCAGAUGAAGUACACAUGCCUAUAACCCCAGUACUUUGGAAGUAGAGGUAGGAGGAUCAGAAGUUCAAAUCCACCCUCAGCUCCAAUGUGAAAUGGAGGCUAGCCUGGGCUACAUGAGACCCUGUCUCAAAAAAAAAAAAACAAAAACAAAAAAAAACCAACAACUUUAAAUUAUCAAUUUGACUUGAUUUUGUUUUUAAAUGGGGAGAGUGGUAUAUUUCAAGCUGCUAUAUUUUAGUUACAAUAUUGACCUAUGCAAUCCAGUAUAAUCAUUCAUUUGGAGUUUUACUAUUUGAUCAAGGAAAGAGGCUAGAAAUUUAGGUUGGGAAUUUGUCUAAGACAGAAGUUACAAGGAUUAAAAAUCUUUUGUAUCUGUCACCCAUGUUGAAACUUAGAAAACUGAACAUUUAAAUUGGUAUCAUUUCCUGGGUGAGGGAGGACACGCCUUCCACUCCAGUCUCUGGCAAUUCCUCUCCAGCCUUCACUUGGAGCUCCAUCCCCUCUGUAUUUUCCUCACAGGGACAUUUGAGUUUGUAGUCUCUGGUCUAAAGUGUGAUUUAUACACCAUUCCCACUGGUGGUUGUGGUUUUAAUUGCUGACUUCAGGUCUUGUGGCUGGUUGGGAAGGUCUUUGUUCUGAGUCUGGCUUUCUGCUUUCCAGCUGCUAAAACAGGUGCAGCAUCCCAGCUGCUAAAACAGGUGCAGCAUCCCAGCUGCUAAAACAGGUGCAGCAUUCCAGCUGCUAAAACAGGUGCAGCAUCCCAGCUGCUAAAACAGCUGCAGCAAACAGUGGCCUGUGGUUCUCAGCAGACAGAAAGACCUGGGUUUCACCAAGGAUGGUCAUGUGGGGCCCUUUCAGGGGACUUUAGAAAGACAUACAUGGAAGUUGGAGUGGCCUGGGGGAAGGCUGGAAACCUAGAGACUGGAAAGCCAGGGUCCCCGGGAGCCCAGUGUGAGGAACUGCCCAGCCAGGCCCCAGUCUGGGUUCUGGGGUUCUAACCUGUAACAAGAUGGGGGUUCCCCUGCUUUUGACUCAAAUGCUGGUUCCUUACAUCUAAUAAACCAGUCAGUGCCUCGCUGUACCUAAUAGAAG